AUGAUCAAUAAAGUAGGUGCCGAGGGCGCGAGUGAUGUUGCCAGCGUCAGUGAGCCGAGCGAUAAGUGCGUGAAACCGGAGGAAGUGAGCGAACCGGUGUGCGCGAACAUCAGUGAGGGUGAAGUGAGUGUUGUGAGUGGCGGUGCGGGCGCGGAUGGUGUUGUCAGCGCCGUGGCCUCCGAGGAGGACGACUGUGUGAUAGUGUGCGCGCGCGAUGCGGACGAGAGGUCCGACUCGGGCGUGAGUGGGGUGCGCUCGGGCGGGUCCGCCAGCUCGGUGGAGGAGCGCGAGUGGCGCGGGAUGGCGCACGGCUACGGCGGCGGCCCGCCCCCGCCGCUGCUGCACCUGCCGCCGCCGCCGCCGCCCACGCUCUACCCCGGCGAGCUGCUGUGGAAGCAGCGCUACCAGCCGCCGAUGCACGCGCCGCUGCAUCACGCGAUCGCCGACGACUACCUCGCCGCUGCGACUUACGACAGAGAGAGACAUGAAAGACUGCUACGUGAAAGAAGGGAACAGGAGCAACAGGCGAUGCUGGAAAAGCAGCAGAAGGAGAAGGAGAGAGAACGGAUAGAACGAGAGCGUGAGAGAGAACGCGAAAGGGAGAGGGAGAGAGAAAAACAAGAAAGGGAAGAAAAAGAAAGGAGGGAACAAGAGAAUGCUGCAUCAAAACUUGUUUCGAGACAUUUUGAGGAAUCUCUUAGGCUGGCUAAUCAAAAGCGGGAACGCAGUAUGUCACAGCACGCCGCUUCGUGGCCCUUAUUAAACAGCCUGUCGGGCCGCGGAGUGGGGGCAGUUGGUGGGGUCGGUGUCAAUGUCGCGGAACAUGAACGAUUGCGUGCCCCAGACGCGCGGUAUUAUUCACCACCUGCCGACUACAACCCACAUGCACCACGUCAUGCCAUCCCUAAACCGGAUAAAUCCCACCCAGGCCUGCCCAAGGGAGAGCCCAACUUUGCCCCCUACAAUUAUCCUCCUUAUAGAGGCUACGAGAAACUUAAGGAUCAGCACCUUCCGGCGCCGCCGCCUCUAGUCCCUGAAAAGAACUCUGUGAUAGUGAAGCACGAUGCUAAGCAAAUUCAUCUCGAACAGAAACAUCCGUACCCGAGCAAGCCGCGGAGCGAACCGUCCCAUUACCUGCCGCGGCCGCACCGGACAGGACUGUCGCCACAUGCGCCGCCCCACCCACACCAACAUCCGGCACUCCAGACCUCGCCGCACGCAGCGUUACCUGCACAGGAUAAAACUCGACGGAUGUACCAACAACCGCAGCGAUCGCCGGCCUACUACCAGGCGGCGCCGGCUAAGCCGAAGGUAUCAAGUCCAGCGCCACCACAUAUCUACGGAAAACCAAGCAACUCGCCUAGUCCUGCACAUUACACUAUCGCUGUUGAGCCGCCACUGCAACUAACGAAAGCGGAGCCACCUCCAGUGCCGUAUCCGCCACCAUCCGCGUAUUCGCCCGCGCCGCGAACGCGACCACCUCCAGUCGCGCACUGUCGGACUACACCCGAGCCUCGUGCUCCACCUCCUCGAGCGCAUGGCGAUCAAGCAACACCUUCAAUAACCGCAUGUCAAACGCAGCCUUUAGACCUUGGCAUCGCGCGCGACGAUCCUGAUAGAUUGUCGCCACGGCGGCGCUAUCCAUUUGAACCGGCUGAUGCGGAUGCGAAAAGGAGAAGGAUCGACGAACUACCGGCACCCGAACCGUUAAUCGCCGCCGCUGCUAGCGUCGGACGAACGCCCCUCGGGUCCGAGCCCGCUCCGCAGGCGCCGGGGCCGCCUUGUGAUGUGCGCGUUCCGUCCGCAGAUGGAAGCGUGGAAACUCCAGAAAAAGCCGCUGGAGCCUCGCCCGCACCGCAUAUAACGCCGGUAGCGAGCCCCGCGCCUCCCACACCAGUACCACAAGUAUCCGUGUCUCCCCCCAUGACGGCACCAACGCCACCAGCUCCACCAGCAACGCCCCCAGUCACCCCGCUUGCCGAUAGCGAUACUCCCGCAAAAAUCGCCUCCCCGAACCCGCGUGACAACAGCGCACCCGUGCGGCAUUUGGGCAAAAAAGCCUGGCUCCAGCGACACGAAACCGCGCCCAUAGGUGAAGGCGACUGUUCUGGGGGCGGCGGCACGUGUAUCACCCUACCCAUGACCAUUAACCGCGCUUCCGAACAGGAAGAUUCCAGUUCCAAUAUAGUAGUACCGGUCGCUGCCAAGUCGAUACAGCGCGGUGCCCGCAAAACGUCCAAGCCCCGGAAACCGAAGGAAACUAACGGACGGGUCGAUGAUGCUGAGGAGGACAGCUCUAGUUCCGAUCGUGAAUCGAACGCGCCGCCGAAACGAAAGCCGCCGAAAGCCAAGCGGAAAAAAGGUGGCUUGCCGAGGAAAGUCGGCGACGAGCCGAAAAAGAAGAAGGCUUCCGAAAGCGGGAGCGAUAGUGAUAAAGAGAGCGAUGAUAAAGAUUCGGAUUCUGCAGGAAGCGGGAGCGGUAGCGGGGUAGAGUCUAGUAAACGUGGGGGAAGCAGCCGAGCCCGUGGAAGGCGAUCUAGGGGAGGCGGCCGAGGGGGCAGGCGGAAAGACGAGAGUCGUCGUACCCCUUCGUCGACCGUUCGUCCUAGCACCGAGUCGUUUCUCCAAAACGGCCCCUGCUUCGAAGUAGCCCCUCGCUUGGCCAAGUGCCGCGAGUGUCGAUGGUCGCCCGCUCAACGGGACAAGGACAUGCCAAACAUAUUCUGCCGUUUCUACGCGUUCCGAAGACUGAAGUACGCAAAGAACAGACAGCUUGCCAUUGCUGGGUUCUCCGAUCCAUAUAAGGAUGCUGAAGAGGAGGAUAGAAAACUAUGGCUGUCGUCGUCUGCCGGCGCAGCGGAAUUAGAUAUUGAGAUGAGCUGCUUCCUGUUGCGGGAGAUUGGUGAUCAGUUCUGUGAACUGCUACAACAAGAGAAAGAAGCGGAGUCCCACCAUCUUAAUGAAGAUAAGACUAUAGCGUGGAAGCGUGUAGUUCAGGGUGUUCGUGAAAUGUGCGAUGUGUGCGAAACAACUCUCUUCAACUUCCACUGGACUUGCGGAAAAUGUGGCUUCGUUGUGUGCCUCGAUUGCUAUAAGUCGCGGACAUCGGGUGAAUCUGGCAAUACCAACAGCAGCGAAUCAAGUAGCGCAAGCAAUGCUACCACCAAUAGCGAAAGAGAUACUUUCGGAUGGCUGACGUGCACGUCGGGCGGUGCGCACCCGGCGCGGCGGCUGCUGCUGACGCAGAUCGCGCCGGGUGGCGCGCUGGCGGCGGCGGCGCGCCGGGCGCACGAAGCACGCGCAGCCUUCGCGCUGCCCGCCUGCGCCUGCGGACACACCGCGCCCCCGCGCCCCGCGCACCGCGCGCGCGCCAAGGCGCUACUGCAGCGCGCGCUGCACAAGAAUGUUAAGAAAGAGGAAGUGAAAGAUGAGAGCCCAACAAAUGGUUCGUCACCAGUGAAAUCAGAGAAUGGUAAAACAAGCAGCUCAAUAGUUAGCUGGUUAUCUGAUAUACCCAUGAAAACUGAGACUAAAGAGGAGAAGUCUGACAGCAGUUCAUCGGACUCCGAAGAAGGUGGAAACUUCUCGACUUUGAGAGAACUUCUAAUAAGACCUGCACCUGAAGGAGGCGAGAUGCAACCGAAGAAGAAACAGAAGAAAAAUAAGGGUGACUUGUUGGACGACGUAAUAUCUAGCGUUGUGGAGGAAAAGAAGGACGAAGAUGGCGAGGUCAAGCCAUUUGCUUUGUCGAAUGUAGUGAAGCGUUACGACAGAGUUGGCAGAGGUAGAGAUGAACUUCCUACCCGCAUAAUGACACUCACUGAAUCCAAAUUACUCUAUCCCGAUGUGCCGCAUUCUUGGCUUUGCGAUGGAAAACUAUUGCACCUGACUGACCCUAUGCAUACUGGCAACUAUAAGCCUUUCCAGGACCAAUGGAAGCGCGGCCAACCAGUUCUAGUCUCAGACGUAUCCAGUCUCCUAGAUAAGGAUCUCUGGAGUCCCGAGAGUUUCUCUCGCGACUUUGGCGACACACGUGUGGACCUAGUUAAUUGCGCCUCAGGAUUAGUGGUGCCAAACCAGCCCGCCAGGAAGUUUUGGGACGGGUUCGACCUAGCUGCUAAGAGGCUAAGGGACGAACGUGGGGCUCCUAUGGUGCUAAAAUUGAAAGACUGGCCGCCGGGUGAAGACUUUGCGGAAUUAUUACCGGCUCGCUUCGACGAUCUCAUGCGCGUUUUGCCACUAAGCGAAUAUACGUCACGUAAUGGAAAACUAAACUUGGCUGCUCGUUUGCCGGAGUGCUUUGUCCGCCCAGACUUAGGUCCGAAAAUGUACACGGCGUACGGCGGUGCCGGUGGUACAACGAAUCUUCAUUUAGACGUAAGUGAUGCGGUCAAUGUCAUGGUACAUGCCAGUGCUCCAGCGGAUGCGCCAGAAAGGGCACGCGAAGCGGCCAGGGCUGCAGAGGAGGCCGGCGUCGAUGUUCUGUCUAGAAGAAGAGCUAGGGUAAAACCCCCAGCGGCAUUAUGGCACAUCUAUGCCGCUAAAGACGCGGAUAAAAUCCGAGAUUUCCUAGUCCGGGCCGAGUUGGAACGCGGCGCAAGGCCCCGCCCACAACACGACCCCGUACACGAUCAAACCUGGUACUUGGACGCUGCAUUACGCGAACGUCUCUACAGAGAGUACGGUGUAGAAGGCUACGCCAUUCUCCAAUGCCCGGGCGAUGCAGUUUUCGUUCCGGCUGGCGCUCCGCAUCAAGUCCGGAAUCUUCUUGACUGUAUCAAAGUGGCUGAAGAUUUUGUCUCCCCAGAGAAUGUCUCGCGUUGCUUCGAACUGGCGCAGGAAUUCCGACGCCUGUCCCGUCAGCACGCCAAUAAAGAGGACAAGCUCCAGAUAAAGAACAUCGUGUACCACGCGGUAAAGGAUUCCCUCUGCUGCCUAGAGGAAGCCCUCGACGAAGCCAAGUGA